GCUCGAGCGUCCCAACGCUCACAAAGCAAUAGCAUACAAGAGGAAGAGGACAUUCUUACUUUCGAUUUGAGAGUUUGUAUAAAUAUACCGUAACUUCAUUCCCAAAGAGACGAGGUGAAAUAGAAACAUGAAGGCGUUUGUGUGCGCAGUGGUCGGCCUGCUUUGCUUUCCACCUUCAAUAGCCAAGUCCUCUCCACCAAUGGUUGAGGUGUACAGCCAACGACCAGGAGACGUCGGGAAGAAGAACACUUUAAUCUGUCACGUGACCAACUUCUACCCACCAGAAAUCUCCAUCGAGCUGCUCAAGAACUACCAGGUGAUGCCCGGAGCCAACAACACGGAUCUGGCCUUCGAGGAGAACUGGCACUACCACCUCACCAAAUCCAUACCCUUCACCCCGCACAAAGGAGACUCAUUCGCUUGCAGAGUGACUCACAUGAAGAAAAGCUCCAUGUACAUCUGGGAACCGGACAUGUAAGCACUACGCUUCGCCGUGCUCCAGGUGUGUCCUUUGUGUGUCCUCACUGGCGAGUGACACUAAUGUGUCUAUAACUGUGGGUUUUAUUGUGAAGGGAAAUGAGAGAAAAGAUUUGUCGAUACUUUGUUUCAGAAAUACCAAUCAAUAAUCAAGCUUUAUUAAAGAGUAGCUAACCCCCCAAACCACUUUUAUGUGUAUCAUUGCUGACGGGUUGAGGUCCAAACAUAGACAUUUUAGUGCAUACAUAUUGUGUCUAGCCCAGCUGUUCAUGUGCUGUUGUUAUAGUCCGUAACUGUAGCAUGAAAACAUGAUGGAAUUAGUAAGCUAACCAGCCAACUGCAAAAUAAGCACGUCUGGAUUUUUCACCAUCUAGAGGAAUUUAUUUGUGUAUUAUUUCCAGGAUCGAGGCACAAAGCUCUGGGGUGUAGUCACUCUUUAAGUAGUUGUCCUGACACUAUCUAAGGUUUAGGGCAAGUGAUCACCAGGUUUAAUUCUCCAAAAUAAUGGGCAUGGAUGAAAUAUGUAAUAACAUUUUCCUUACAUUGAAUGAUGGAUUUUAACAUCCGCUGAGGUGUCCCGUCAGCUGUGAGCCUACAAAACAAAGCAACAAAAACAUAUUGCAGAAUGACUCCAAAACCUUGUUUAUCUGGUGUUUUAUGCAAUGUGACCAGGUAAUAAAGGUGUACAUAACA